AUGAUCCUUUCGAAGGGCUACGGACAACCAAAAAUGGGUGCAGACCGGUGCUACGACAUCAGCGACUACAAUUGCGACCGUAUCGAGAACCCUCCUCCACAAGUAUUUGGUGAUGACAGCACGAAAGUUCAAAUUGCCUUUGAGAUUUACGUUUAUGUAGUAUGUACUCCGUUUUGGUAUAUAAUUUUCACGUUCGCGGCAAAUGACUGUAAGUAUUUCUUCUUGUUUGUUUUGUUUGUUUAUUUGCAUUAUCGACUAAUUGAAUUUUCAAACUCGCUGCAACGUAUCGCAUCUCUUUUUUCUUAAUGUUCUAAUACCGUCGGCGUUUUCGGAAUCAAUAUCACUUUCGUUCGUUACGGCUUUAUUGUUUUUGUCUAAGAAGCUCGCAGUACAUAGUAUUUCUAUGCAUUGUAAGUCUUUAAUCUUCUGGGCCUGGAGGCACGGCAACUGUGCGCACUCUGUGUCACACAGAAUUUUCCAUGCAUGUGCAGGACAAGGUUGGUGCGCACUUUCCGUCGAUACACAAGGAGCGGGAUUCGCUCCAUACAAGAGGCGCAUUUACUUGUAGAACCCGGCGCGGAAAUAUACGCAGGGGUCUGUUUAUUUCGUAUGGAAUGCAUAUCGUCGGGCGGAUAUUAACGCACAAGAACCUGCUUGCCAUCAGGCGUCUGUACCUGUAGUCGUCUUCCAGUCCCCGAGUCGUGAUAGAUUUGCAGUGGAUAAGUACUUACUUUCUUCAGAUUUACAACAACUUAUUGUAUUUCCUAUCUAGAUGAUCGCUUCAGCUUCUGCACUCAAAGCACUAGCUACAGUGAUAACACCAUUCUUUGAACCGAAAAAAAAACACUGAUUUUCCAUGUAUUGCGGCCGUCGUUUCCUUAUCCUUUCCGUCGGCGAAAUUUUGUCAGGAGAUUUCAUUACAAUCCGAUCAUACUUUAUUUGUCCUUAAAUUUUGUAGGAGAUUUCAGAUCGAGAUCGACAGAAGCUAGGCACAGGCUUGCUUUCUGUUUCAUUAUCUCCACACUUCACUACACGAGUAGGAGUAGAACCCCGCUUCCAUAAUUUUCUUCAUCUUCACUAUGUGCAAAUUAUUUCCUAUGCUUAUCUCCUCGAUCUGUGUUGGAUGCCGGGAAUCGCAAGAGCCUGGGAUGUCUGGUUAACGAUCUUGUUCUAUGAGGGUUGAAGAUCAUGGGAAGGUUCUCGUCCGCGUGAACUGAAAACUACUCACGCAUCAAUUUCAGCAUUGUACUAGUGCACUGAGCAGGUAAAAUCGUACUUCUUGUCGCAUGAUGGUGUGCAAGCACGCUACUCCUGCUGAGGACCUUCCAGCUAUCAUCAUCGGCCCUUGUCCUGCACCAAAUGACGGUUGCUUGAUUGUUGGGCGAAAGUAGAACACGUGGCGAUAACAGAAGUAGGGAUGAAAUUUGUUGGGGAAAAAUAAAUGGAAAAUUUGUCUACUCGAAUAUGAUCAAUGAAU